AUGGCAUUCCUCUUCCGACUCUACCCCAUUCUUUAUCCUACCACAAAAGCUUAUUGCCUCAGAUACAAGCAUUACUCUAUCGAUUCCAAAACCAUUCACUUCCUUUGUCAGCUUAAGCUUUGCCGCACCAUCGAAGGCUUGAAGCCUCUCAGCUCCCUUCUCAUCGUGCAUGGUCUUCACGGGGAUGAGCGUUUGAUUGGGGAGUUUUUCAGGUCUUGUUUCCGUCUGGGUGUUCCACGUUUAGCUCUAUCUGCGUUUAGACGAAUUCAAAACCCAAGCUUGGGCUUGCACAACUUAAUGAUUAGGUGUCUCUGCCAUAACGGCUUAUAUGAAGACAUUUUGCAUGUAUAUAUCCGUUGCAGGGUCUCAGGUUGCCCCUCGGAUGAAUUCACUUUUCCAUUUGUGAUCAAGGCUUGUGCCGCUCUGGGUGCUUCUGGAAUUGGGAAAGAGGUUCAUUGUGUUGUUUUCAGAACAGGGUUCGAGAACAACCUUGUUAUACAGACUGCUUUGGUUGAUUUCUAUGCUAAAUCUGGUUGUAUGAGGACUGCACAUGCACUGGUUGAUAGAAUUUCGCAACCAGACUUGGUUCCUUUGAAUGCAUUAAUUGCUGGGUAUUCCUUGAAUGGAUUUGAUUGUGAAGCAUACGAGGUUUUCAGGAAGAUUUGUCUGAUGGAUUUGAAGCCAAAUUUGAGCACUUUGGCGAGUGUAAUUCCUGUUUGCACUCGCUUGGAAAGGUUUGAAAUUGGUAAAUCUCUUCAUGGAUUAUCAGUCAAAUCUGGAUAUUUCUUGAAUGAUUUUUUGGUUCCUACGUUAAUUUCUAUGUACGCUGGUGAUACGGAUAUAUGCAGUGCUAGGAAGUUGUUUGAUUCUGUACCGCUAAAAACUGUUGCUGUUUGGAAUGCUAUAAUCUCCGCUUGCACACAGAUGCAAAAGCCUGUGGAAGCCUUUAUGUUGUUCCGACAUAUGCUCAAAAGCAAUACACAGCCUAAUUUGGUCACCUUUGUUUCUAUUAUUCCUUCAUGUGAGAAGUAUAUUACCAAAUAUUCUGGGCUUCAUGCUUUUGCAAUUAAACAUGGGUCAGAAAAUCAACCUUCUGUACUAACUGCCUUUCUAUCAAUGUAUGCCAAGCUUGGCGAUGUUGAUUCAGCCAAGGGUAUCUUUUAUCAAAUGCCUAAUAGAAACCGCCUGGCAUGGAAUUCCAUGGUUUCUGGGUUUGUAUACAAUGGGCUAUGGGAGUUGAGUUUGGAUGUAUUUUGUGAAAUGCAGUGUGCAGGAUUUGAUCCAGACAGUGUUUCUAUUGUUAGCAUUGUCUCUGCAUGCUCCAAAUUGGAGGCUGUUUUUCUGGGUAAGUCUGUCCAUGCAUUUAGUUUAAGAAGAGGUUUUGAGUCAAACCUUAAUGUGUCAAAUGCUAUAUUGGCAUUUUACUCUGGUUGUUCUCAGUUCUGGUCUUGUUUUAAUUUAUUCCACAAAAUGCCCAUAAGAAAUGUAGUUUCAUGGAACACUUUAAUAUCCAGUUGUGCACACAGCAGAGACAUGGAAAUGGCCUUUACCCUUCUAUAUCAGAUGCAGGAGGAGGGCUUAGAGCCGGAUUUGGUCACCCUGAUAAGUAUACUACCUGGUUUUAGUAAGAGCAAAAAUUUGGGGCAAGGAAUGGCUAUACAUUGCUGUGCUAUAAAAACUGGCUUUGACUUGGACGUGUCUUUAGUUAAUGCACUUAUUAGCAUGUAUUGUAAUUGUGGAGAUCUUGAUGCUGGGAGGUUGCUUUUUUAUUUCAUGCCCGAGAAGAGAGUUGUAUCCUGGAAUGCUAUGAUGACUGGCUUACGUCUUCACAAUUUACAGAAUGAAGUUAUGGGAUUGUUUGGUGAAAUGAUGAAGGAUAAUCAGCGGCCAAAUCAUGUAUCAUUGCUAAACAUAUUGCCUGCAUGCUACAUCGAAUUACAGGGUAAGUCUAUACAUGCUUUUGCAAUUAGAACAGGAAUUGUUCAAGAGACUCCUCUUCUUACAUCACUAAUAAUCAUGUAUGCUAGAUUCGAUGAUGUAAAUCCAUGUAUCUUACUGUUCCAAAUGGGGAAUAAAGAAGACAUCUCUUUGUGGAAUGCUAUUAUGUCUGUGUACACAAAAACAAAUAAUGCCAAAAUGGCAAUUACCAUCUUUUCUGACUUGCUUCUGAUGGGACUGGAACCCGACAAUUUCACAAUUCUGAGCCUAAUUUCCGCUUGUGUUCAACUAAAUAGCAUAAAUCUUGCUAAUUCCGUGAUGGCUUUCCUGUUACUCAAGGGAUUUGAUAAAAAUGUGAUCAUCGGCAAUGCCCUUAUAGAUCUGUAUGCAAGAUGUGGAAACAUAUCGAUUGCAAGAAAGCUAUUUGACGAGUUAAAUGGAAAAGAUACUGUUUCUUGGACCGUGAUGAUUAAUGGGUAUGGAUUGAGUGGGGAUGGUAAAGCUGCCCUUGAUCUUUUUCUGCAGAUGGAACUUUCAGGGAUCAAACCUGAUAGCUUUACUUAUUCAACUAUUUUAUCGGCCUGCAGCCAUACUGGGUUAGCUAAGCAAGGCAGCAAAAUAUUCAAAUCCAUGGCAGAAAAUGGGAUACCACCAGGAGUGGUGCACUACUCUUGCAUGGUGGACCUUCUUGGAAGAACAGGUCACUUGACUGAGGCUUAUGAAAUGGUUAAGGAACUUCCCUGUAAACCAUCCACAAGCCUACUUGAGUCUUUAUUGGGUGCUUGCAGAAUCCAUGGCAAUGUUGAACUGGGAGAGAAAAUUGGCAGGACACUCUCUGUUCUGGACCCAGAAAACUCAAGACCAUAUGUGAUGCUCUACAAUAUCUAUGCAUCUGCCGGAAGGUGGACAGACGCUGAGAGAGUGAGUCUGAUAGACGGAGAGUAUAUAUGGGCAAUCUGCUUGGAUGGUUCAGAGAAAGCCUCAGUUCUGGAUAAGCAAAGACUCAGUUCUGGAUAA